AUGGACAAAACUUCCCACACUCUCUCCGGCCGCAACCACCUCACGGUGGUGCCGCCGUCACCGCGGCUUGUCCGUAGCCGAAGCGGUAGCAGCCCCGCCGCAGCUAUAACCACCCCAGAUAGGGUUUCACAAAGGUUCAGCUGCUCUAGUGAAAGAUUCACCAAUGUCCAACGUUCAAAGUCAACAUCAAGAACAAGAACAACCAACAACGAAAGGAACAACAAUAUAAACCUAAAUCCCACGUUAAUCACAAGCAAGCCAACCAAUAAUAGGGUUCAAGAGAAGAAGAGUCCUAGAGAUGAUGGCUUUGGCAAUGGCAAGUUCUUGCAACGUGGUGUCAGCCCUGACAACAACUUUGGAGCUUCAAAGAGGACUUCAUUGUCAACAAUGAAGUCGCCUUCGGCGUGGGCACUUUCGCCGGGAAGGUGGUCCCUCGGCUCUUCGUUUGGGACUCACUCACCGGCGAAAGUCAAUGGUAACAAUGGUGGUAGUGUUGGUGGUAGUGUUAGUAAAGUCUUGAAGUAUCUCAAGCAAAGGAAAGUGUCUUCCUUGCAAGAGGAAGAGUACCAUCGGUUUAGGAUUUUGUAUAACAGACUUUUGCAGUGGAGAUUUAUCAAUGCUAGAGCUAAGGUUGUCAUGGAUAAUGUCAAGAAUAUAGUUGAGAUACAAUUGUUUUCGGUGUGGCUUAGAAUGGUGAGAUUGAGAAAGAUAACAAUACAAAAGAGAAUGGAAUUGCGAAAGGUGAAAAAUGUGAUGAAGCUUUAUGAAAUUUUGGAUGGACAACUCUACCUUCUGACUGAAUGGGCACAAUUAGAGAGAAGAAAUGAAGACUCGAUAGGCAGAUUGACAAGAAAGUUAUCAGCAUUGUCCACCAUACUGCCUCUAUCUCACCUUGUAAAGGUAGACACGGAAUCUGUGUUUGAAGCGCUGAAUACAGCCAUUAAAGUAAUGGAGAGUUUGGUACCAUUAAUAGCGAAAUACCAGACACAGUUUUAA